CGGCAACACAACCCCCUCCUCGACAUCCUCUUCCUAAACAAGUCAAUUAGAAACCCAGAUGAACUCUUCUUCCAGACCACAGCAUUCAACUCUCACAUUCGCGCCACAGGCGCCUGCCUUUAUCCUCCUCUGCCCACGGAGGUAGGUGUGGGCCAUUUGGCACGGUAUGCCAUCUGGUCUCAUCUGAUGUCCUUCUAUCCUACAAAGUAUGUUCGGUCGGUAUGCAUCCUCGGCAGCCCGCACGUGCCCGAACUGCGGCGAACAUUUAACAUCUUUGCGAACAAAAUGCAUGCUGACUACUAUCCCGAAGCCUACGACUGCAUGUAA